CUGAAAAUUUGUUGUCUGAAUGCAUUGUGCUGUUUGUUGUAGCCACGCAAGAAAAUCGUCAAGCAGAUUACACCUGCCAAACCGAGAAUAACGUUCCGGGCAAUCAGCAGGCCGUCGUCCUUCCGCCCUGUCCGCCGCCAUUUUGGUCUCCCGAGGGCGGUUGGUGGGGCUACUACCCGCUGCCCUAUUCCAACGACUCCUAUCCCUGCCACCCCGACAACACCGCCUACGUGUACUUCCCGAUUUACAAUCAGAACUUCUCGGGCUACCCUCCGUUCAACCCUGCGAACGAUAAGAGUCAUCCCUACCCCUAUCCCCCGUCGUACGUGAUACCUGUUCCUCCGCAGACUAACAACUGCAGCUACGGUCAAGCUACGGUAGCUAACCCAGAGCCAGCGAUCAACCAAGAGAGCAAGAUCAACGAACCCAACGUGUCGAACGACGAUCAGAAUCAGUGGGACAGAGCGAACAGCAUGUCCAGGACAGCCAGCAGCGACAGCAGGGAUAGCGAUUGCACCACUGCGAUGAACAUAACCGACGAGGAGGAGAUCCCCGAGCCAAUGACUGUCACGCAGGAGAAUGUCUCCGAUACCCCGGAGGGCAACAAGUGCGUCAAUCCCAGUUUAAACGUUACCGUGCCUAAUUACACUUACAUAGACACCAGUGACUCCAGUGAUUCGACGGACUCCGAGUCCCAGAUGGACAACGAGUCCAUCAUCGAGUCGUCGAAGAGCUGCAGCGACCACAACGUCGAAGACACGUCGUCGGACACCGAUGACUCUGACUCUUACUUAGCCUACUCGACGGGUUUGAACCCUCACGGGAGGUUCGAGAAGGAUCAGGAGAGGAGCAACGCUAGGAUCGACUCGAUAGAGUCUCAGGACGAUGGACAGAGGCCUGAAGCUUUGGCAGAGGGAAACGCAGACCUCGCUGAUGAGCAAAAGAGAAGUAAGAGCAAGAACGAAGAGGACAAAGUGGACGCCACGUUUCCUCAUAAGUUGAGCAUCAUUUACGAGGACGUGGAGCAGGUCGAGGUUGAAGGCCCCAAGUCGGGAGUUAAUGACACGAGAAACUGGAACGAGGCGCCGUUCGAGGCAACCGACGAUCCUCCGGAUGACGUGGAUGACACGACGGUCAGCGUGAGUCUGCCACUGAGGUUCAAGUUCUCGGUGUCGGAGAACAAUGAGGACGUGACCACGGUGAUCGUCGGAGACAGCACUAUCAAACCUGAGAGAUCCGGGAAGGACGAAGGGAGAAGUCCUAGGAGCCAGGAGCAAAAGAGUCAGGACAAGUCUAACGACGUGUCGGUGAACUUCCUAGUGAACAACGACACCAGCGCGGACUUCACCGUGAAGAGGGAGACUUCGGGCAGCAAACGCAGAGAUCAGCAAGCAUCGAAGUGCCUUAUAGUCGACAGAACGAAAGAGGACGUCGUCGAGAGCAAGGUAGAGAAGAUCGAGGAUCCUGUAGUACCUCACGUGAACUUCACUCUGAGGAAGAUCCCAACGAGACUGGGCAGGAUGAACUGCGAGGACACGGUGGAGACCGAGUUCACGAUCAAGAAGAAGACCUCGAAGAAAGAGGAGACGAAGGACAGGCAAGAGGAUUACUCGCUGAGCACCAGCACGAUCACGUCGAACGACGACAGUUCGACCCUCAGCAGAGAGACGGUGAUCGCGGAGAAGGACAAGCUCGAAGACAGAGCAGAGAUCCGGGACAUCAACAAGAACAUCUUGAAGCCGGAGGUCGUGGUCUCGGAGUGCGUCUGGGUCGAGAAGGACUCCGAGGAUUACCAAACCACCGACACGUACGUAGAGGACGGUACGCUGGAGAGGAUCGAAGGGGAUCGCUCGUCAGGGAAGAUCGAGGAGGAGGAGAAAGCAGCGAAGGAGUCGAAGCACCUGCUGAACGUGCAGAACUCCCGCGAGGAGACGGACGACGAGGACAGCGGCGUGACCUCCGACAUGAGCCGGAUGAUCUCGGAAGUGGACACCGACUCCGAGUGCACGUCCUCGAGGAACAUCAGGAAGUACCAGAGGACGCAGACGCACUCGCGGCUGUUCAGGCUGCUGAACGACGACUCGGUGGCGCCCGAGGACGCGAGGAACGAGAGCUCGUCCAGGAGGGAGCAACUGAGCCUGCCGCUGAAGAACAACGGCUUCAGCUACGACGAGAGCUACUGCUCGAACUACUCCAGCGGCCUGACCUCUCCGGAGUACUCUCCCAGCUGCGAGCAGUCCUGGAGAAGGUUGCACGAGGAGAACGGCUGCUCGAACCAGAGGGUGCAGGAUCAGGGCGAAGAGUCGAAGGCGAACCCUAACCUGGCGCAGAGUCACCUUCUGGCUCGGCAGGAUCGAGUCGUCUGCAAAGAGGACCCUUACUACCAGGCCUGGAAGACGAGCAAGUCGCCCAUGUCCGGUGAUCACGACGUCGUUCCCUCGUUGGCGUUCAAGGUCCUCGAGAGCAGGAAACCACCGUGGGCUUACAAAGUGAACGUCCUCUGCCCGAGGAUCAAGAGCACCAAGAGCGUGCCCAGAACGCUGCAAACGAAGAUGACCAAUCGCGACUCCCCGAUGUCCCCCAAUCCCCUGUCCUAUGUGAACCUGAGAACCGAGCAUUGCUGAUGGCCCGGGGCAGAUUGAGGCCGUGUUUGGCCGCGAGCAACCGGUCCACGGAACGAGCCUCGCGCAACUUUUCUCUAGAUUCGCAAGACUGGGCUGACUAUGCCCGGGGGGGCUACAGGC